CUCAAUAGCCCUUGGCCUUGCAUGGCCACCAGGUGGUGCUCUGUCUCCCCUGUAGAGGCCCCCUCCUUACUGUUUUUGGGUCUAGGGUCAAUGGGGGACCCAGGCCCCUUCCCCGAAAUUCUUUGCCACUCCCAAUCUUCUGUCUUUGCCUCCAAAAAGGAUGACUUCUUUUUGUGGUACGGGCCUGUGGCAGCCCUUGUGAAGUGCAGGGACUUCCAAGGGGAAGAAUGUUUAUUUUAAAGAAUGGAAAGCCGUGCUAGAUCUCAGAGCAUAGUGAAAAUAGUUCUCAGGGUCUCCAAGUGAAUCCUUCAAUAGUGGAGGCUGAGUAGCCCCAGUCAGCCUCAUCUCCCUCAGGCUUUCAUUGGCUUCUCCUAGGCUGUUCACAUUGGGUUCCGGAGGAGGGGGAGGAAGAGGAAAGGCAGAGCCGGGUGGGAGCUGUCCUUCAUCUCUCCCUGGUCACAAGGACUUGCCGUCCAGCCUUUCCAUCUGUGUGGGGUACCCCUCCUCCCGCCUGGAGCGCCUUCAGCUCUUGCCGUCAUUGAUCCCGCCUUCCACUCGACAGUUCAAGCCCCUUUUUGAAGUUGGGGGGGGGGGGUCACUCCUAGAGCUCAGGAAACGGUGUGUUUUCUAGAAAAGAAGAGAUCCAAAGCGCAGAAAAGAAGCCAGGAGUCCUGGCCCCCCACGGCCUCUUUUUUCUGACUCCCCCUCCUGGUAGCUUCCCUUCCCCAAAUGGAUUGACGAGGAGGUGGGCCGAAAGGAUCGAAGCACCCGCCUUAAGGCCGAAUCAAAGUGGUUUGAGGAGCCCAAGCGGUCCAGCCCUGUCUUCCGGCUGAUUCCGGGCUGGCUCAGGGAGCAGAAGGGGGGCUGCGCUCCGAGGGACUGGCGGGCGGGGGGGUGAGGGGGCGUGGAGGCGGAGAGAACCGAUGCCCCAGCAGGACUUGCCAGGGACUAGGCAACCUCGGCAGUCGACUCGGUCACAUUUAAACUGGCGAGCGAAGCGCAGCUGGAAGGACCAGCCUAGUCCCUGGAGCCAGGGAGCGAGGGGGACGAGGGCCGGGGGCAUGAAGUCCCGGGGAGGGCCCAGCCCAGCUCGUCUGAUAGGGGCGCCAGAGUGCCUGGGCUUGGUUCCCAACUGAACGCUCGCAGUGCCCCUCUGGAGUCACAGGGAGCCCUUGGCUGGGCGGCCGAAGGCUAAGUAUCAGAGUCGCGGGUCUCUGUGAAGUGUAGGAGGCGAAGGCGCAAGAAGACGGGCGGACGGGUGCAGCGCCCCUUCUUUUCUAGGGUUCUACUGGUUGUUCCUGUGUUCCUUGCUCCACAAAACCCCUACCUUGAUACGAGAAUCUCUUCAGGACCCAUACCUGACAUUUUGUGUCCUUGUCUGUCUUUGCACCAUCUCUGUCUGUUUCUUUUGGUCACUGUGUCUUCUUGAGGUAUAUAUAUGUGUGUGUUUUCCUCUCCUCUUCUCUCCUUUCUCUCUCUGCUUCUCUCUUUGUCUUCUCUGUAUCUGUCUCUCUGUCUCUCUCUGAGACUCUGUAUCUAUUUCAUUGUUUCUGUUUCUCACUGUACACCUCUCUGUGUCUUGUCCCUGUCUGUUUUUCCUCUGCCUCUUUUUCAUCUCUGUCUGUUUCCUCUUUGGCUCUCUGUUUCCUUUAUCUCUUUCUUUCUGUCGGUCUGUCUUUCCAUUCUUUUCAGUGUUUCUCUAUCUGUUUGGAUGUAUCUUUGUUUCUCUUCAUCUUUCUCUCUCCAUCCAUGCUCCUCUGUUUGUCUCUGUCUCUGUUUUAUAUUUCUACAGGACCUCUCCAGUGGACAUGGGUAGAGCCUUGGAACUGGCCCUGCUGCUGACCACCCUCCUAAGCACCUGGGCAGGGGUGGGGCCUGGCCGGGGGAAACAGGCAGUGACAGUAGCAGUGGUGUUUGCCAGCUCUGCACCCCCAUUGCAGGCCCAGGCCCAGACCCUGGCCCGUGCCCGCCUCACCCCUCAGAACUUCCUGGACCUGCCCCUGGAGAUCCAGCCAAUCACUGUGGUGGUCAAUGACACCAACCCCAGCACCCUUCUCACCCAGAUCUGUGGGCUCCUGGGCUCUGCCCGUGUCCAUGGCAUUGUUUUUGAGGACAACGUAGGCACUGAGGCUGUGGCACAGAUUCUUGACUUCAUCUCCUCCCAGACUCACGUACCCAUCAUCAGCAUCAGUGGAGGCUCAGCUGUGGUCCUUACUCCAAAGGAACCAGGCUCAUCCUUCUUGCAGCUGGGGGUGUCCAUUGAGCAGCAGAUACAGGUGAUCUUCAAGGUCUUAGAGGAGUAUGACUGGAGCUCCUUUGCGGUCAUUACCAGCUUCCAUCCUGGCUAUGCUGUCUUCCUGGAGGGCAUCCGCUCAUUCACUGAGGCCAGCUACCUGGGCUGGGAAUUGCAGGACAUCCUCACCCUGGAACUGAGCCCUGGCAGCCCCAGCUCACGAGUCCAGCGCCUUCUACGCCAACUGGAUGCUCAAGUGCUGGUGGCAUACUGCUCUCGGGAAGAGGCUGAAUACCUUUUUGCUGUGGCUGAGGAAGAAGGGCUGGUGGGGCCAGGCUAUGUCUGGGUGGUGCCUAGCUUGGCACUGGGCAGCACCGAGGCCCCACCCUCUGUCUUUCCUGUGGGCCUUAUCAGUGUAGUGACCGAGAGUUGGCGCCUGAGCCUGCGCCAGAAAGUCCGAGAUGGUGUGGCCAUAGUGGCCCUGGGAGCCCAUGGCUACUUACGGUACCAUGGAGACCUGCCAGCCCCUGCUCGUGACUGCCACGCUCCCACUGAACCUGUCAGCCCUGCUGGAGAAGCCUUCUACAGGCACCUGCUGAACGUGACCUGGGAGCAACGGGAUUUCUCCUUCAGUGCUGGAGGGUACUUGGUGAGGCCCACCAUGGUGGUGAUAUCACUCAACCGGCAUCGGCUCUGGGAAAUGGUGGGGCGCUGGGAGCAGGGCAUCAUUCACAUGAAGUACCCUGUAUGGCCCAGAUACGGUGCCUACCUGCAGCCAGUAGUUGAUAACCGGCACCUGACAGUGGCCACCCUAGAGGAACGACCCUUUGUCAUUGUGGAAAGUCCUGAUUCCAGUACAGGCGGCUGCAUCCCCAACACUGUGCCCUGCCGGAAACAAAGCAACCGCACCGACAGGUUUGGCAGCAGUGAUGGCCCCGGGGACUCCUACACCAAACUGUGCUGCAAGGGCUUUUGCAUCGACAUCCUGAAGAAGCUGGCCAAGGGGGUCAAGUUCUCCUACGACCUGUACCUAGUGACCAAUGGCAAGCACGGCAAGAAGGUGCGGGGCAUCUGGAACGGCAUGAUUGGUGAGGUGUACUACAAGCGGGCAGACAUGGCCAUCGGCUCCCUGACCAUCAACGAGGAGCGCUCGGAGAUUGUUGACUUCUCCGUGCCCUUCGUGGAGACGGGCAUCAGCGUCAUGGUGGCCCGGAGCAAUGGCACCGUCUCGCCCUCUGCCUUCCUGGAGCCCUACAGCCCAGCCGUGUGGGUCAUGAUGUUUGUUAUGUGUCUCACUGUGGUGGCUAUCACUGUCUUCAUGUUCGAGUACUUCAGCCCAGUCAGUUACAACCAGAACCUCACCAGUGGCAAAAAAUCUGGGGGGCCCUCCUUCACUAUUGGCAAAUCUGUUUGGCUGCUGUGGGCUUUGGUCUUCAACAACUCAGUGCCUAUUGAGAAUCCUCGGGGCACCACCAGCAAGAUCAUGGUCCUUGUCUGGGCCUUCUUUGCUGUCAUCUUCCUUGCCAGCUACACAGCCAACUUGGCUGCCUUUAUGAUUCAGGAGCAGUACAUUGACACCGUGUCUGGCCUCAGUGACAAGAAGUUCCAGCGGCCCCAGGAGCAGUACCCUCCAUUCCGCUUUGGCACGGUGCCUAAUGGCAGCACAGAGCGCAACAUCCGUAGCAACUAUCGAGACAUGCAUAGCCACAUGGUCAAGUUUAACCAGCGCUCGGUGGAAGAUGCGCUCACCAGCCUCAAGAUGGGGAAGCUGGAUGCUUUUAUCUAUGACGCUGCUGUUCUCAACUAUAUGGCGGGCAAAGAUGAGGGCUGCAAGCUGGUGACCAUUGGGUCAGGCAAGGUCUUUGCCACCACGGGCUACGGCAUCGCUUUGCAGAAGGACUCCCGCUGGAAACGGGCCAUUGACCUGGCGCUCCUACAGUUCCUGGGGGACGGAGAGACCCAAAAGCUGGAAACAGUGUGGCUAUCAGGGAUCUGCCAGAACGAGAAGAAUGAAGUCAUGAGCAGCAAGCUAGACAUUGACAACAUGGCAGGCGUCUUCUAUAUGCUACUUGUAGCCAUGGGGCUGGCCCUGCUUGUCUUCGCCUGGGAGCACUUGGUCUUUUGGAAACUCCGACACUCUGUGCCACACACUCCAAGACUGGAUUUCCUAUUGGCCUUUAGCAGGGGAAUCUACAGCUGCUUCAGUGGGGUACAGAACCUCAGUAGCCCCACAAGGUCCGCCAGCCCUGACUUGACAGCAGGAUCUGCCCAGGCCAAUGUGUUGAAGAUGCUCCAGGCAGCAAAGAAAAUGGUGAACACAGCAGGGGUGGGAAGUUCCCUGGACUGUGCCACACGCACCAUUGAGAGCUGGGGUAACCGCUGUGAGCCUCCACCAUCUACCUUCUCCCUACGAAACCCCCAACUGCUGCUGCAAAGUGGGACACUGGGUCUGCCUGGCAAAGCCACCAGAGGCCCUGCUGCUUGGCCCCCAAUCCCUAGGGGAGGUCCCCGAGACCCUGGUCAAAGAGGUCAAGGGGGAACAGGUGGGGCAGGGGACCUGAUGGUUCGAAGGGUCCUUCAGCCCAUUGCCCACGUCGUUUCACCUAACCUGCCCCUGCCUGACAUCUCCCAAGCGCCUGGGUGUCUUGGCAAGGGAUCUCCCCAAAGAAUGGGUUCAGGACAUGGAGGCAGGCUCUUUUCAGCCCCAGGUGGGUGCCAGCCCUCUGAGUGCCCACUCUCACCUGCUCCCUGUGCCCAUGGAUCCUUCCUCUGGGCAGACCGGACAGGCCGUCCCUUUCUCCCACUUUUCCCGGAGCCCUCAGAACCUGAGGAUCUGCCUCUCCUGGGGCCUGAUCAGCUGGCUCGACGGGAGGCACUGCUCCGCUCAGCCUGGUCCCAUGGGCAGUGCCUGCGCCAGGGCUCCUGGCCAAGGUCAGUGCCUGAGUAUUGCUCUCAACCUGGCCUGACCCUACCGGCAGCCUCGAUGCCUGCCUUGUGCCCUUCCCCAUCUGUUCAGGCCAGGGGGAGCCCUUCUUGUUCUGGCACCGAUGCCCGAGGGGCAUGGAAGCGCUUGGCCCAGGCCCAGUCCCUUCGGCUGCCCUCCUACAGGGAGGCAUGCCAGGAAGGGGUACCUCCUGGUACUCCUGCCAUGCUACACAGACAAUACUGUCUCAACCCCUGCGCCCCUCUGCCUCUGUACUGGGGGCCUUUAUGUCCACAUACCCCAUCCUGUGCCAACAAGGAUCCCUGGCUCUCUGAGGCUUGGGGAUCUCGCAAGCACAGAGGCAGGACUCUGGGGGGGCUGGGCCCUGGCUACAGGGACAGUGGAGGGUGGCGGGAGUCAAAGGAGGCCGGGGUUAUAGCCUGCAGAACACACAGUCCCCUAGGAGCCUGCAGCUGGAGACGGGUCUCGAGCUUAGAAUCAGAGGUGUGAGUUAGCUGUGCUCCCUUAGCGCUCACACCUGGUGGCUGUUCUAGGAGGUAAGAGCUGGCAGGACGCAGGUGGUCCCAGUCAGGGGGCAAGUGGGCUCUCGAUUCUGGAUCUUCCAAGGUGUAGCCAGGCUUUCACCCCAGACUCUGCCCUGAGUAGUGCUUUAUAGACUGAACAUCCAUGAUGUCCAUGAUCAUCCCUGUGAUCCUCCAAGGAAGAGGGUCAGGAAGGAGCUGCUUUCUCCUUGUCUUACUGCGUGUCUCCCAUCUUCUAAUUCUUUGCCCUCAAGAAUGGGAGUGGGGGAAGGUCGGAGGCACAGCUGACCAGGGCUUCUGGGUGUCCUACUAUGGACACUUGGGCCCGGUCUGGUUCCGUAACUGCAUUGAACGUGGGAAUGAGAGAGCCUGGAGGCAGAGAGGGCUGUAAAGGAAGAGCUUCUUCUUCCAUCCAGAUGAAGUUUUCUUUCCAUCGGACUCUAGGUUAUUAAACAUAGUAUGAGAAAGAUUGGCCCCUGGCUGCCUUCUGUAUCUUUUGGAGGUAGAUACCAUAGAGCUCUUCCCUAAGCUCCGGGUUUGGUGCAUCCUCGUGGCAUGAAGGAUGAGCCCAGGUAGGGCAGCAGGCAGUGUCCAAGGCUUCAGGCAGCUAUUGCCUCCUUCCUUGUUCCCAUCCUUUCCCUGUCAGAUGGAAGCUGGGCCUUCCCUGAGGCCUCCAAGGGAUAUUAAAGAUAUUGGUGGGCUCCGAGAAGGCCCCAGUGGCCUGGCACAAUGGCUGAAAUCCCAUUUUUAGAGAUCCAUCCCUUUGGGUUAAAAAGCGGUCCUCCUAAAGUGAAAUGCCUGGGAUGUUAGGGAUUUUCCCGGGUGAAGGCAGCCUUGGGUAUAGGAUUGGAAGCUGGUCACACUAAAGACAAAGCUCAGCCCGUGCCAGGACCUCAGAGAGACAGAAGGAUAGACACACGCACAGACAGAGAGAGAGAGAGAGAAGAAGGAAACCGAGGGCACGAGUGGUUAGGCAAUUGGCCCACGGUCACUGAGCUAAGUAUCUAAGGCAGGACUCGACCCCUGGUCUUCCUGAGUGUAAGCCCUGCACUGGAACCACUGCAUUAGGGUGCCUCUAACCGGGCACUUCACACAACAGAACCUUGCUGAGCAGAGGGGCUCUGGGUUUUUAAGGGAAUGUUUUGGGUUCUUCCAUGUAGAGCAUGUAGUCAUGGGCGAAGGGGGCUAGUUGCAAAUAAAAGAGCUUGGGAGGUCCCCAUA